GCGCACGCACAUAGCCAGAGAUGCCCAGCAGCAAGCCAGGGGGGCACUUGAAGAGGAGGAAGAUUUGAAAUAUGAGUGGACCGGACCUUCUUCUAUUAAAUAUUACCCAAACGAAAUAUAAUUUACAUUUUCUUAACAGGGUUAGUUGUGGCGCCGCCGCGUGUCCCAUCCGCUCUUGGUGACACGUGGAUGGAUAGAGGACUUUUCAGCGAAAGCCACAGUAAGCGAAGAGCACAUGUAACUUUAUGUAGGUCACGCCGUGAGUACCACGUAUAUCUUUUUUUAUUCAUACCGCCUUCAAGUAGCAGGCUCGACGCGCGCGCGCUCAGUGGAGGCAGUCAGGUGCGCUCCAUGUUCCCUUUAGGACACGUCGGUGCCGGCGGCGGCUGCUGGGUAUAAAGAGCAGCUGUGACCCGAAAGCAGCAGUGGGCCAGUGAUGCCGGACACAUUCACACUCAUUAGGAACCGGACAGAGCCACAGCUGGGGCAGCUAGAGCGCACACUGGCCUCGGACGGGAGCGCCCGCCCCGCCUGGGUCAUUGCACUCCUGGCCAGCGUGUUGAUCUUCACCACGGUGGUGGACGUUCUGGGGAACCUGCUGGUGAUCAUAUCGGUGUUCAGGAACCGCAAAUUGAGGAACUCUGGUAAUGUGUUUGUGGUGAGUUUGGCCUUCGCCGACCUUGUGGUGGCCUUCUACCCCUACCCCUUGGUUCUCUAUGCUCUCUUCCACGACGGAUGGGCACUGGGAAACACACAAUGCAUGGUCAGCGGUUUCCUCAUGGGGCUGAGUGUCAUCGGCUCCAUUUUCAACAUCACCGGGAUUGCAGUGAACAGAUAUUGCUACAUCUGCCAUUCAUUCUCCUACAGUCGGCUGUACAGCUUUCGCAACACUCUGAUGUUUGUUGCCUUAAUCUGGCUGCUCACAUUGGUGGCCAUUAUCCCCAAUUUCUUCGUAGGCUCCCUGCGCUACGACCCGCGGGUCUACUCCUGCACCUUCGCCCAGAAUGUUAGCAGCUCAUACACAGUGACGGUGGUCGUGGUUCACUUUUUGGUACCAAUUGCAGUGGUUACCUUCUGUUAUCUACGCAUCUGGGUGCUCGUGAUUAAGGUGCGACGUAAAGUGAAGACGGGCGAGAGCCCUCGCCUCAGGCCAAGUGACUUGCGGAAUUUCAUCACAAUGUUUGUGGUCUUUGUGCUGUUUGCCAUCUGCUGGGCUCCCCUCAACCUGAUCGGCUUGGCGGUGGCCAUAGAUCCGACCCGCGUGGCUCCGCGGAUCCCCGAGUGGCUCUUUGUGGUCAGCUACUUCAUGGCCUACUUCAACAGCUGUCUGAAUGCCGUCAUCUACGGCUUGCUCAACAGGAAUUUCAGGAACGAGUACAAGCGCAUUGUCACUUCUGUCUGGGUGACUCGGCUUUUUGUGACGGAGACUUCGCGACCCGCCACGGAGGGCAGGAGCAUGAGGAGCAAGCAAUCGCCGCCUCCACCGCUCAACAACAACGAGUCAGUCAGAGAUCGUACCCACAAAGAAUGACUUCUGUAAUCCUCCAGCCUGUAAAAUGUUAAUUCCAGUUCUUGUGACAUCCAGUCAGUUGUGCAGCUAAUGAGUGUUAAGUAACGAAUGAAACUAAAAUGCAUGGCUUGGCUUUCUGUUAGUAGGCCUCAAUCGGACCAGGAUGUAGGCAAACAUGUUUACAGAUGGGACAUUUUUUUUUUCCAAAUUUGUGAAAAUCUAAUACUUUUGUUUUUGGAAUUUUAUGUUUGGAGGAUUAACUAAACUUUGCUAAAAUGCUAAAUAAAGCAGAGGGUCCUCUGUGAUGUCACAUUGUUACGUCCUGGGAGAAUGAAGCCAUGCAUUGGAGUUUCAUUGUGCUCCUACUCUCAAAACAAUAUAUAUAUCAAUAUAUCAUAAGAAAUGUACUAACCUUUAAGGUCUGCUGCUGCAGACCCUGCAUACUUCACAACAUGUGGUAGCAACUGGUGAACACAGGCUACACUUCUCUUUAGUAACUUCGAAAGCCUCAAAUACUACAACCCGCCUCACUUGAAGCUAGAUUUGUAAAGAGGAGAUAUUGUCAGUCCGUCCAAUGUGUUGUAUCAGUGUGAUGUGGUUUGCCAUGGUAACAAUGAUGUGACGGUAGCUUAUACUUUAUGCAGCCCUGUCUGACUCUGUUGCACUUCAAAAAACUACAGACAAAAACUUAGUAAUGAACAUAGUACAUCUUCAGGAAAUCAACACAAAGCCAGUCACUAGCACCACAACGAGUUUAAUGGACCAAGUGACAAUCAAAACUAAAAGAAAAGGUGCAUGUGAUGUAGCAGGAAGAGGAGACAAAGUGAAUCUAUUAUUGCUGCUGUAACUCCAUCGCGCUGCCCUUUUACUCCUCAAGUGCAGCAGAUGACCAUUUUUUUGUAACUUUAAUGCAAUUCUAAUUCAAACAUAAAAUAAAGUGAAACAAUUUGUCUUAAAAUGAGCCAAAAUAAUGUGAAAAAGUUUUUCCUGAAAGGCAAAAUGUUGAUUUGAUAUUACACUAGCAAUGUUUUUUUUCCCCCAUUAAUAUCCAUUUAAAUAAUAAUAAGUACUUUUGCGUCUGCUCUUUCUGCUAUAGGGAUGCAGCAUUGGUUUCAUGCAAUGUACCAAAUCAGUAUAUUGUACCAUUUUGUAGAUGCUUCAUCACAUAAAUAUAGCAUAUAUAGAUAAUUUGUGUCAUCAUUAAAUGGAAAUUUACAGAGACAUAUGUUUUUAACUAGAACUAUAAAGCUGUAGAGACAGAAAAACAAGGAGGCACAAUUUGAUUUAGAGCACACCAUUAUUUGAACGUAAUUACUGCAAUUGCAAUUUUGAGGUCCUUUUUAGAUCUUGAUUUUUUUGUUUGUCUAUUUAAGCAAUUUUCCCACCGGCGGAUGAACAGGAAGACUGCAGGUGAGCAGAACACCCAAACAGCGAGACUACAAAAACAGACACUGAUGCCAAAAUAUUAACUAAAUACAUUGUUAACUAAAAAGAAAUAGCCGAGUGCAACAGCAUAGCGUCUCUUUAUGCACGCUAACACUUUGCUAUGCAACUUAAAGCAGUGGUUGUCAUGAUCCAAUGUCAGCUGCAUGUAAAUAUCAUACCCACCUUACUAAGAUAGUCUUGUCACUUUAGUAAAUCCAUACAUCAUACACACUUACUGUAAAGUCAUGCUGUCCCCAAGGUCACACGGCAGACCAACAAAAAGAAUUAUCAUAUAUGUUCAGAAUGUUUUCUUGCCUUCUUUCAUAGGAAGCUUCCUCCCGAGAAAAAGCCCUAAAAUGCUUUUACUGAAUGUGCAGCGAGCAAACUAUAGAAAAAUGCUCCUUGGCCUCCUCCAUCAAAUGCAGAAUGUGGAAGUCUAAUGCAGUGGUGAUUUACAUUUUGAAAUGCUUGUGCAAAAUCUGCUCUUCAUCUUGCAUUAUUUCAUUUAUUUUAUAUAAACAUAGAAAACUUUAUUUACCAGGGACACAUUUGGAUGCUUACACUGUGGAAAAACAAAACCCAAAAGAGUAUACAAGGGGUUUGCAUUUAGUGUUUAGGUGUUGUUUGUAUUCAUAUUUGAUCUGACAGAAGAAUAUUUAUUGCCUGUUAAAUGAUUAAAGAGUUGAAAGAUGUAAAUUGUUGCAAAGGUACAGCUCACAUCUGUAUUCCCAUCUCAGGGUGCCUACCGAACAUUUCCUCAUGCCGCACUGUUUGCGGUUCAUCAGCUGCCAUAAAUAUUUCAAAGUGAUAUUUUGUUUAUUACUGUUAGUAUUGCUUUUGAAUGUGGUAUAUUGUUACUGGAGAUGUAUUUAAAAUGUGAGUGUGAUUUAAACAGAAAAUAUAUGUAUAUAUGAAUAUCUAAAGCUCAACAAGCCCACACCACUAAGAGUUUAUCACCAAAUAAUGCUAUAACUAUCUUUCCAGUAACUCCAAUAUAAUUACGAAGUGCAUCGGAAAAACAACCUCCCGCUUGAUUGGAAUGUACAUAACAUCACUACAAAUACCUUAGCUUUGUCAAGGUGAAGUGACUUAAAUUGCGUGAAUCAAUUAACCAAGAAUAACAUCACGUCAUCAUGUACCUGAAAUCAUUUUAGCACGAUUUUGCUUUUUACAUUUCAAUUCAUUGCACAUUUGUGCGUUCUUGCACACGGUACAAGAUGUUCAAAGACAUAGAUCAACUAAAGCAACAGAUGCAAAUCUCAGAGUCAGACUAUGAAACGUAACGGGCCAAGACAGAAUAUCUGAAAGAAAACAUUGGGAGGCAAAGUAUUGUUGAGAUGUAAUUUAGAUAAAUGGAGAGUGACUGUGCUGUCCAAGAAAGGGGGAGAAGUACAAAAGGGCAUUUCUUGCACUGAGGCAGGAAAAGAUGAGUUCCUCACAUCUGCAGUGCUUUAGAUGCACUUGGAAGAAAGCAGAUACUUUUGAACAAUUUUAACCAAAGAAAAUGGCUGAAGGGUUAUAAGGUGUACAUACGCUGUGUCGAGAUACUACCUGGAGAAGUAAUCUUUGAGGUUUUUUAUUAAUUUAAAAGCACUGCCUUAUUGUUGAUACAAUAGUUUAGAAUUUGAGAUAUUACGGCGAGUGCCGUAUUUUCUACUAAAAAGAAACCUAUUCAGCAAACACACAAUUUUUUUUCCUCCCUGUUGUAUUUCCCUUUCUGGAAACCUUACAGCGAUAUUAUGUAACUACGUUCACCCAUGUUCCCUAUGCUCACUGCAUCCUUAAUUUAGGCCUUUUUUUCAAUACAACCAAAUAUGACACCUUGCUGAACAGCUUUAAGGAUGUUUGUACAGCUCAACCGAAAAAACUUUUUUGAAACCUUCACCUCAGCCGGAAUUACUGACAGGACUUCAACACAGAAGCCCUUAAUUGUGGAAGCAAUUGUGGAAGGAAAAAACAUUCAGCUGCCCGUGUGCAAAAGGUUGAAUGAUGAAACAGGAUGUGUGAAAAAAAACAACAUACAGCAUAUUCUUCAAAAGACGCACACAAUAAUUUAAAAAUAAAAGGUACUCUUCUGCUUUCCAAAAAAAAAUGAAAACUAAAGUUUGUUCUGCUAAUUCUUUUCUGUACUUAACAACGCAAAACACUUGUCUGCAUGGCGCUGUUUGAGUCCCUCUCACAGCCUCUCCAACAUCAAUGCCCAGUAUUCGCACAGGUUCACAUUUCCAUAACAAAGGUAGUCCUCUCAAAAGUUUUCUUUUGUAGAGAGAGAGAGCGAGAGUAGCAUUAGUGUAGCAGACUCUUUGCAUUUGAAAAGGCUUGCCUUCAGUAGCUUUUAAACACCGCCACUUUAUACAAGUGAUUUUUAUGUAAAUUCAGGUCAUAGAUCACCAGAUAUUUUCAAAUCAUUGAAGCUUGAUCACAUACAUUGAUGUGUUAAUUGACUGUGGCUUCUCAAGUUUUUCUUUCAUGAUUUGAAAUGCAUCACACUUUUUGAUCAAUGUUACUGGAAACACUGUAAGCAGGUUGAAGAGAUCUGAGCUGUGAGCUCCACGCCUGCAUGGCACAAUGUAGACUAGAUGUAUCCUUCAACCGUGCUUUUCUGCAGCUUCUUUUUCAUCAGGACACACUCAACAUAGUCCAGCCAGUUUAUUGUGUCAUUAAUGGGUUAUGUAACAGCAUGACAACGUCAGCUCACCGCUAAAGGCAGAGAAGGAUGCAACUUAAAAUAUGUGCAAGGUACCAGCACUCGGAUAAAAGUGAAAGGCCAAGCCUUUGAGAACCUCAUUGAAUGCACUUACAGUAUACAGGCACAGGAUAUGCCAAGAAACCACAGGAACAUGUGACUGUCCCUGUGUACACACAUCAUGUAGAGUUUACAGAAAGGAAACCAAGAUACACAAUUAAAACUGUGACUACAAAAACGUGAAUGAAACAGAUGUUAAAUUGUUUGUAAAGCACAAAUACCUUUUUUUUAUCAAAUAAAACUGCAUUGGCCGCAGCUUGUUAGACCAGCAGCCGAAUGCUUUGAUGCAUGUUACCCAACAAUGCCGGUUUAAGCUGUAAUGUUCUUUUUUUUCAAGGUGUAAAGUGGCACAAGACAAUUUGAAAUGCCUUAUUAGAAGAUGAGCGAGGUCUGUAGUUGGUGACUGAAGUUGACUACCGAGUAACCAAAGGGAAAUCUGUGGAAUGUAA